AUGAAGAUACGAGUCGGACUGCUUGUCGGAUACAACGGCAGUGCAUACCACGGCUUACAGCUCAAUAACGACCUUCACACAAUAGAAAAGACAAUUGCACAAUCCCUACUAAAAACAGGCGCCAUAACGCAACAGAACGCUGAAGAUCCAAGGAAAAUCCAUAUGAAGUCAUCUUCAAGGACAGACAAGGGCGUUCAUGCUGCAUUCAACCUCGUUUCUGCCAAAAUAUCCGUUCCAAUAACACCUGAGUUCGUAAACAGUCUUAGAGACGCAUUAUUGCAAGAAUCCAUCCAUCUAUAUGAUAUAGUGCGUCUUCCAAAAAGCAUUAUACCAUCCAAGCAAGCAGACUCCAGGAUCUAUGAAUAUGUCGUACCUACCUUCUUUCUUAUGCAAAGCAGCUUUUCUCAAGAAGUCCAUGAAAUGCAAAAAUCUGAUAUUUUAAAAGAAAAGUUUGGAGUAUGGAGAGACUAUCCAGAAAGUUUGGUGGACCAAAUCGUCGGAUACACUUCGCUCAAAGAAGACAUUCAGGUUUUCAACGAGAUCCUUCAGAAAUACCUGGGCACACAGGACUUCCACAACUUCACAAAGCAAAACACAGACAAGGGAACAAAAAGAUAUAUCCGAUCAAUCGUAGUCUCUGAUCCAUACACAUCUGACGGUAUAGAAUAUGUUAAACUCGAAAUCACUGGACAGAGCUUUUUGUUGCAUCAAAUCAGGAAGAUGGUGUUUUUUGCAAUGCUGCUGUGCAGAUACCAAAGAAAUAACAUUGACAUCAAGUUUAGCAUGGCAUUUAGCAAUCAGAGCAUUCAUGUUCCAAAAAGUCCUUCGCAGUAUCUUCUUCUUGAUAAGCCAAUCUUCCACAGGUUAAGAAAAGGCUCAUCAAUAGAAUGCAUUGAAGUGGAUGAAUCACAGCGAGAAGAGUACAAGAAGACAGUGAUUUAUCCAGAAAUCUAUAAGAGGAAAAAUCUGAUUGGGUUCUUUGCUUCUCUUGACUCAGUUAGGUUCCACCGGGAAAAUAUGGUCUUUUUGGAUUGA